CAAGGCCCAAGGAACCCGUCAUGUAGUUUGUCGCCAUGGCUUCACGUGACUCGGCGAGGGCGACUGAAACUGGAAGCGGACUCCUGCUGUCCAGACAGCGGAUCUCGACUGGAGACUCACUGCGAAUCGAUCGGCCGCAGCAUGCACCUCCAGUAUGGCCGGCCAUUCUUACUAGCUUUCUGCACAGCGUCAGCUUGGGUGCUGCCAUGCUGACCUGGCUGGAAGUCUGCAGGGCCGUGACAAAUCCCAGUGAGGAAUCCUCCAUGGCCCAAACCUACUAUGGGCGUUUGCUUGCAAUGAACGGAAUAUGCGAGCUCGUGACAAGUCAGCUCGUGGGAGUCGUGAGCGACAAGUUCGGAAGGCGGCCUGCUCAGGUUUCUGCCCAACUUGGGCAAGUAGUCGACUACCUUACAGCUGGCCUUUGCUUGCCAAGCUUGGGCUUCCUUGGGCAAGUGCACCCCACGUCGGCAAAGGUGAUUCUUUUUGCCUCGCGCGGGGUGGCUGGGCUGUGUGGAAACUACAAGGUGUCCCUGCAGUCCUAUACUGCUGACAUUUCUGGAGCAGAGGAAUGCCCUCAACGCAUGGCUUACCUUGGCGCUGCCAUGGUGGUAGGAAUGGGUAUGGGCAGCUUUGUUGUGGCAGCGGUGUCCUCCGUGCAGCUGUCAUUUCGUGCCAGCUUUUACGUGGCAACUACCCUGAACGCUGCCAUCAUAAUACUGGUCAUAGUCAAGUGGCGAGAUGUGGCGCCAAGAAGGAACUUUGCCUGGGCAGAGGCAAAUCCUAUAGCUGGCUUGCACAUACUCCUCACAAACGAGGCGAUGGUUGUGUACGCCACACUCAUCUUUUUGAGCUGCUUUGCGUUGAACAUGUUCACCAGCACGUUGGACUUCUACUGCUCGAAUUUUCUGAAAAUGAGCAAGCCGUCAUUCAUUGCACUGGGCACGCUUUGGGCAUUAGAAUCUGCACUCUGCUUGGGAUUCCUGCAGCCCUUCCUCACCAGAAAGUUCAGCGAAAUUGCAACUUUGCAAGUCGCAUUCGCGUCGAUGGGCCUCUUCUAUUUGCUCUUCAGCUUUCUGACCCCGAGCACAUCCGGCCUAGCCUUCGUAGUCAUUAUCCUCUUCAGCGUCGGCUCCAUUGCAUAUCCAAUGGCUGUGGGACUGGCCACUCGGGAGCUAUCACCAGAAGAGCAAGGAAGCCUGCAGGGUGCGGUGUCGAUCUUGGAGACUCUCUCAAAGAUCUUUGCGCCGCUUGUGGCGUCGGACGUGAUCAUUCCUAGAUUUGACCAGCCCGGGCAGUACUUCGGAAUGGUUUAUUUGGUGGCAGCACUGCUGGUCACGCCAGGCUUGCUCUUUUGCCAGAGGCUGUACAAGCUGACGGGACGGCUUGAAACUGACCGGGAGGUCCUGGUAGAAAUGCACUAAGAUGGCAACACAUGGCAACAUGCCUGCUGCAUGCGGAGAACACAACAAUCCGCACAGUUCCAGAAAAACUGAAUGGUAGUUUACUUCAGUCAAAUGCCAAGGCAUGAAGAGUACUACUUCCAUGCCAAAGAAGCUGGUGUUCGUGGA